UUUAUCAGGCCGUUAGCCUGCGUACUUUCUCUAGCGAUGAAAUCACUCCAUGCCUUGUUUAAACUACCCUCCUCUCCCACCAAAACCAAAACCUCAACCUCCUCCUCCUCCUCUACCACCACCACUGCAUCAAAGACUAGAAAACCCGCAACCUCCUCCUCCUCCUCAAAUGCACCAAUUCCCUCUCCAAAUCCACCAGAAAUCACCACAAAAAUUUCCAAGACAUCAAUAAACAAACCAAAGAGCUCACUUUCUGCUCUUUUUAUUCCACCAACUCCACCCACAGAAGCCCAUUUCAUCUCUCUAAUUCACGGUUCCAAAACAAUUCUCCAACUCCACCAAAUCCACGCCCAAAUCAUCAUCCACAAACUCUCUUCAAGCAGCCUAAUUACCACCCAGCUAAUCUCUUCCUCUUCUUUGCGCAAAUCCAUCAACCACUCGCUAGCAGUUUUCAACCACCAUAAACCCAAGAAUUUGUUUACAUUCAAUGCAUUAAUUCGUGGGCUCACCACAAAUUCUCAUUUUUUCAAUGCCAUUUUUCAUUUUAGGCUAAUGUUAAGGUCUGGCAUUAAGCCUGACCGGCUUACAUAUCCGUUUGUGCUUAAAUCUAUGGCGGGUUUGUUCUCAACAGAGCUUGGUAUGGCUAUUCAUUGUAUGGUUUUGAGGUGUGGGAUUGAACUCGAUUCAUUUGUAAGAGUUUCUUUGGUUGAUAUGUAUGUAAAAGUUGAGAAAUUGGGGUCGGCUUUCAAGGUGUUUGAUGAAAGCCCUGAGAGAUUUGAUAGUGGGAGCAGUGCGUUGUUGUGGAAUGUGUUGAUUAAGGGCUGUUGUAAGGCUGGGAGUAUGAAGAAGGCUUUGAAGCUUUUUAAGGCCAUGCCAAAGAAGGAGAAUGUGUCUUGGAGUACUUUGAUUGACGGUUUUGCGAAAAAUGGGGAUAUGGAUCGAGCUAUGGAGCUUUUUGGUCAAAUGCCAGAGAAGAAUGUGGUUUCUUGGACCACAAUGGUUGAUGGGUUUUCGCGGAAUGGAGAUAGUGAGAAGGCGCUGUCAAUGUUUUCUAAAAUGUUGGAGGAAGGGGUGAGGCCGAAUGCUUUUACCAUUGUUUCUGCUCUUUCUGCUUGUGCAAAGAUUGGUGCCCUUGAAGCUGGGUUACGGAUACAUAAAUAUAUCAAGGAUAAUGGUUUCCAUUUGACUGAAGCACUUGGGACUGCCUUGGUCGAUAUGUAUGCCAAAUGUGGGAAUAUUGAGUCUGCAAGUGAGGUGUUUGGAGAGACAAAACAGAAGAGUAUUCGUACAUGGACUGUUAUGAUAUGGGGUUGGGCAAUCCAUGGACGUUCUGAGCAAGCGAUUGCAUGCUUUAAACAGAUGAUGUUUGCAGGUAUAAAACCAGACGAGGUUGUAUUUCUUGCCUUAUUAACUGCUUGCAUGCAUUCUGGCCAAGUAGAUAUUGGACUUAACUUCUUCGAUAGCAUGAGGCUUGAUUACUGCAUUGAACCCUCUAUGAAACACUAUACAUUGAUUGUUGAUAUGCUUGGUAGGUCUGGUCAGCUUAAAGAAGCGCUCAGAUUCAUUGAACGCAUGCCAAUGAAUCCUGAUUUUGUGAUAUGGGGAGCACUCUUUUGUGCUUGUAGGGCUCACAAAAAAACCAAAAUGGCAAAAUUCGCUUUAAAUAAACUCCUGAAGCUUGAACCUACACAUGCUGGGAACUACGUCUUCUUGUCAAAUGCUUAUGCUGCUCUAGGCCAAUGGGAAGAUGCGGAGAGAGUAAGAGUUCUGAUGCAGAAUAGAGGUGUUCACAAAAAUAGUGGAUGGAGUUGCAUUGAGGUGGAGGGUCAAGUGCAUCGCUUUGUAUCUGGUGAUCAUGAUCACAAGGAUUCAAAAGCGAUAUGCCUGAAAUUAGAAGAAAUAAUGGCAGGUGCAGUGAAACGAGGAUACAUACCUGGAACUGAGUGGGUACUUCAUAAUAUGGAACAAGAAGAAAAAGAAGAUGUGUUGGGAAGUCAUGGUGAAAAGUUAGCACUUGCUUUUGCGCUCAUUUGUACUUCUCCUGGGAUGACUAUUAGGAUUGUGAAAAAUCUUCAAGUAUGUGGGGAUUGCCAUUCUUUGAUGAAACAUGCUAGCAAGAUAAGUCAAAGGGAGAUCAUAUUGAGAGAUAUGAAGCGAUUCCAUCAUUUCAAGGAUGGAUCUUGUUCAUGUAGAGAUCACUGGUAAAAAGGACCCUAAACCAUAUGAACCCAACAUCAUACCUCUAUGACAUAGUCUCACAUCUAUGGCAAUAGAUCUACGAGCUCAUCUGUAAACAUCACAUUCCCUGAGAUCUAAGACACCGGCUGUCAGAAAUCUGAGGUAAGAUAAGGAUGGCUUGGGUUGCAUUUUGACAUGAUUCAGGAGCAGACGGCGUGGCAUACUUGCACAUCCCCUGAGAUCAAAGACACCAGCUGUAAGAAAUCUGAGGUUUGUUGGUGGAACUGUUCCUCGCAUGAUAAUGAUUCUAGAUGGCAUCUCAAUUUGAAAGCUGGGUUCCUCUAUUACUGGAGGAUUGCUUUGGGACGUCUUUGGUUGUUGGUUUGUUUGGUUCAGCCAUUUGGAUGAAGCAACUAAUGCAUGGAGACUGAACUAUGGGGACUGAGGAUUAAAGCUGGAACAGGACUUCAUUAAUCUGACCAUAUGAGCAGGCUAAAACAACAAAUUGUCUCGUCAAUAGCUCUCAGAUUUUCUAACUAGCUAGCAAUACGGUUCAAGAGUUCCUGGUUACUGUCAUCACACUCUUCAUUUGUGCGUGGUAUUGAUAACAUAUUUAUCAAAGAAAAGAAAAAAGGACGUUCUUUUGAGUUACAAGACCUGAUGAACAGAUCUUGAUUCAGUGUGUCCCAUGACAGCAUGACAACGUGGGAGAGGAAUAUCAAGGUCCAGAAGGGCAUGCCCACUUUUGUAUUUGACACGAUUAAUGCCUUGAAAAGAGACAACACAGAAACUGAACUACUAUCCAUCAUUGCUUCAUGCAUAGACUAGAGAGCAAGAUCAAGGUGCCCCCCCUCAUGUGCCUGAGGAUUGCAAUCAUGCAAAGCAAAUGGACCCUGAAAGUGUUGUCAAAACAAAAGCUAAAAUCUGAGAGUGCUGAAUCAUGGGGUCACGGUAGUCUACCAUUUGGCUUGAAGGGUAUGUUGGUUUGCAUGAGUAGACGCACAGUGAACCAAAGGCUAUCAUGUAUUCAUGAUUGCAAGGAUGCUGUUUUUUCUGUAUCAAUGAUUUUUCUUUUUCCUUCUUU